GAGAACUUUUUGGGAGAAGUUUGUUCUCGCUGAUGAGUUGUUCGAGGUAGUGGUGGCGUGCGUGAGCACCCGCCAUAUAUCCAGGAAGUCGCGACUGAGAAACCCCGGUCGCAAAAGAUAUUUACGAUCUCGGCGAGCCGAGGCGUAUAAACCUUUGGAAAGGUUUAACCGGGGAAUAUCGGUGGCGCGUACCGCGGCCAGAGCACACGGCGCGAGAUCUUAAGCGGUGAACGGAGAGACGGUGGUGUGUUUUUCAUGGCGAUCAGCUCAUUAGGAGAGUAUCGUACGCUGCUACCGAUGUACGGGAUACGGGAAAGGUGAAGGAGGUGCUCGCCGGACCUGACCUGCCCGAGAGAAACACCACGAAACGUAGCUUCUCACAUACAUACACACACAGUGCGUCACCGCCCAUAUGUGAUGUGUUCCGUGCGUUCGAGCGAAUGAGUAAUCAUGUACUGUCAAGACAAGGGCUCGACCGCCUCCAAGAGCAAAGAGGGGUCUGUGACAAUGCGGGAGAAGAAGGGAGGUGCUCUUAGCAGAGUACAAAAGCUGAAAAAACGGCUUAGCCACAGCUUUGGAAGACUUUCAAUAUCAAAAGAAGAGGCUGAUGAUGCUGCAAACAGGGGUCAACUGCCAUAUAAUGGCUAUUCCGAGGAGUUCCUAGACCGUUUAGAACCAAACGGCAACAUACCUGCAGAUAAGGAUCGCCGUUAUGUUUUAAGGACGAAAUUGGAUGUCAUAGAAUGGACAGGUGUGGGCGACCAUGAGAGAGUGCAUCGGCAGCUUUCCGUUUCUAGUGAUUCCAAGCUUCUCGAUGAAGAUAUACGCGAAGAAGCAAGAGUAAUCUUACGACCUCGACGUCCACCGCGACCCAAGUCAGAGGUCUUCCUUGGGCCAGAACCUCCUAGAAGAACCAAAAGAUUUUCAGCAUUUGGGGGAGAUUCUCCUUUUGGUAAAUCUGAAGCUUAUAUAAAACUUGAACAAUUAGGGGAAGGGUCAUAUGCCACAGUGUUCAAAGGCUAUAGUCACCUUACAAAUCAAGUGGUGGCACUUAAAGAAAUUAGACUGCAAGAGGAAGAAGGUGCUCCAUUUACUGCCAUUCGCGAGGCAAGCCUUCUCAAAGAAUUGAAGCAUAGCAAUAUCGUUACCUUACACGAUAUAAUUCAUACGCGUGAAACUCUUACUUUUGUUUUUGAAUAUGUUCAUACCGAUCUAUCUCAAUACAUGGAGAGGUAUGGAAGCGGUAAUGGUGGUUUAGAUCCACGAAAUGUUAAAUUGUUUCUAUUUCAACUAUUAAGAGGAUUAGCGUACUGUCAUCGCAGGAGAGUAUUACAUAGAGACGUAAAGCCGCAAAACUUGUUAAUCAGUGAAAUAGGGGAACUAAAAUUAGCAGAUUUUGGUCUAGCGAGAGCUAAAUCAGUACCGUCACAUACGUAUUCAAACGAAGUUGUGACUUUAUGGUACAGGCCACCUGAUGUUCUUAUGGGUUCCACAGAGUAUUCUACCUCGCUUGACAUGUGGGGUGUAGGUUGCAUAUUUAUGGAGAUGUUGACUGGCGAACCAACAUUCCCAGGUGUACGCUGUACGUACGACCAACUUGAUAAAAUAUUCAAAGUAUUGGGUACUCCUACUGAAGAAACUUGGCCGGGUGUUACGCACCUGCCAGGAUACAAACGACAUAAACUAGGAGGAUUCAAUCCUCCGCGAAAAUUGGGUCUUUCAUUUCCUAGACUCUAUGAUAUUGCCGAAGGUGAUAGUAUGGCGUCAUCGCUUCUACAGUUAAAUCCUGAUCAACGGAUAGGAGCUGAAGAAGCAUUAAGGCAUCCUUAUUUUGCCUCUCUUCCUAGAAAACUAUACGAGUUGCCUGACGAAGUAUCGAUAUUUAGUGUUGAAGGUUGUCAUUUGUAUACAAAUUCGAGGCACGGGUGUGCAGAUGCACGUCACACAGCUCUUAAGACUUGAGGUUAAAAGUUAACGUAAAGCAAAAAAAGUAAAUAAUAAGUAAUUCCCAAAUUCACAUGUUCAGUGAAACGUUCAUUCUCAUACAGAUCAGAUUCACACAGGCAACAUUGCCUUAAUUCACGUACACAUUAUUUCCACGCGCGUCGAUCGCUCUUUCUCAGGGCUGCUCUACAAAUUCCAAUCAUCCUUCAUAACACACAUACACACACGCAUACAAACACACGCGUAUACAUAAUUACGCAUUCGUAUUUUUGUUUUUCUUUCAUCUUUUUCUUUUUUUUAAAAGACUAGUACACGUAUCAAAUGAAUUAAUGAAAAUAAAUUAUUAACUGGCGAAGAAAAUACGAAAGUAAGCUAUCUGUGGCUAAAUGAAGUAAAACGAUUUUAUGAGAUUCGCACGCUCGAUUUAGAAAGCAAAAGCACGCACGACCCAUCCUCGCACUUCGUCCAAAUACUAGAUUUAGAUUGAUACCAAUCAAAAAAAAAAGUACUAUGCCGCCUUGUGUCUCCUGAUCUCAAUCUGAG